UACGUUCGCUAAUUAACAUGACUACAUUGUUUGAUACACGUUACUAUUACUUAACAAAAUUAUGUUGCUCGAUAACUGGCUUAUGGCCAUUUCAAUCGCAGUUUAAGAGCAGAAUUCUUCAGUCGUUCAAUCUGCUUAUAAUACUCUUAUUUAUUCCACCACAGCUGAAAGGAUUGUAUGAUGUGUACGGUAAAGAUAUAGACGGUGUGAUCAUGUGUAUAUCACCACUCUUUACCAUUAUAUUGCUCCUAAUCAAAACCGGCAUUAUCAUUCGAUUCAAAUCAGAGAUCAAGUCGUUAUUAUCUCAAAUUGAAACGGAGUGGGAAAGAACUUCGAGAAGUGAAGAGCAUAAGAUUGUAAUAGCUUAUGCGUCAAGGACGAGAGUAUUUUGCAUCAUAUACACAGGUAUAAUAAAUGUCGUUUGCCUUACCGAAUACAUAUAA